UUGCAUGCAGCUCAGUCUCAUAAAGGGCAGAGUGGGAACAGCAGUCAGGCAGGCAGAUGCACCGUGCAAGCCUCUCCACCUUGACCAUGGCGACUGGGAUGGGAAUGAAUGUCAUCGGAGUUGGGUGCCUCUCCGUGUGGUUGUUGAUUGCGACUUGUGGGGUGGCUCAUACUCACGGCGGUGGACAGGCUGGCGGCGGGCAGUGCGUGUUUCAGGACCAGAGGUACAGCCCCGGCGACACAUGGCACCCAUUCCUGCCACCCCACGGACUCGAGCACUGCAUCCGCUGCGCCUGCUCCAAGAGCGGGAACGUGCAGUGUGCACGUGUGCGGUGUCCACAGCUCCUGUGCGAGCACCCAGUGAGCGUCCCCCAGCAGUGCUGCCCCGCGUGCCCAGAGUCGGAGGAGGCACGCAGGGAGGACGGGGGGCGAGCGAACGGACGAGCGUGCCAGUACCAGGGGGCCACGCACCAGCACGGCGCACUCUUCCCGGGAGGCGCGACGCUCUUCCCCGCUCGCCGGCCCACCCAGUGCGUGCAGUGCGGCUGCUCGGAGGGCAGCGUGUACUGCGCACUGAAGACGUGCCAGCCGCUCAACUGCACCGCGCAAGUGAUGGGCACGCAGGGCUGCUGUCCUGUCUGCAAAGAACACAUGAGUGAGACGGAGAUGCAGGAGAGCGAGAGAGGGGACCUGGAACAAACCAACGGGGAGACAACUCCGAUGAGGCAGUCGCACAGAGAGGCCAGGCAUUCGUGCGGGGGCCCCAGCGGAGAGGAGCGGAGGCCGCGUGGGAGGGGAGGAGGGGGGUCUCUGGGAGGGCGCUCCGUCAGCGCCGCCGCCGCCGUGGCCGCCGCGGGGAGACACGCGCGCCCGCUCCGCGAGUCGCUGUUCCCCGCUCGCGCCAGCGUCUCGUUCAACAUGAGCAGGGGCCGACCCGGCAAAGCGUGCUCGUACCACGGGCGGCUGUACUCGCACGGGGAGUGGUGGCAGCCCAACGUGGCCCCGCUGGGCCCCGUCGAAUGCGUGUCGUGCACCUGCCGUGACGGGCGCCCGGAGUGCCACCGCACGCACUGCCCACGUGACGACCAGAUGCCCUGCCCGGCGCCGCGCAAGCUGCGUGGCCGCUGCUGCAAGGUGUGCCCGCAAGAACCAGGCGGGGAGGAGAGGGACCAUCGGUCCGCCGCGGGCUGCGGCGUGGACGUGGGCGACCGGGCGGUGUACGAGGUGACGACGCUCCGCGUGGGGCCGCGAGAGGCUGGGGGCGGCAAAGGGGACGCAGGGAGCCGAUCGCCGCAACCGCAAUCGCCACCGCAGCCGCCGCCACCGCCGCGGCUCAGGAAGUUUGCGGUCGUUCCUGAUGCCGACAGAGACGUUGACAUCGUCAUCCUGACGACGCAGAACGGCAUCAUCCUGGACAUGAACGUGGAGCCGAUGGAGAAGCAGAAGUUUGAGGGCGACUAUCGGCAAGACACCGGAGUGACGCUGCGUCUGCUCGCACGCACCACGCACAGUCGAUGGAAGAAGUUCCGGCAGAAGGCCUCCCAGGCGCGGGUGGGCGAGUGCGGAGCGGCCAAGCUGUGCGGGGCGCCGGUCCGCGCCGACGAACUCCUGCGAGCGCUCGCCCCGCUCAAGCACGAGUGCGGCGGACGCGGGGGUCACGGCAGGGUCGUGUCCAGGGGGUCUCUCGCGUGCAUCAUGGGGCUCGCUUAGGACGCGCAGCGCGCGCGCAGGGGUUAGGGUUAGAAAGCUUCGUUUUCAAUGUUUUCAAUAGGUCCAAUGUGUCAAGACAAAUACGCGUACGAUUUGUAUACGCGUGCGAUUCGAACGUGUGGCAUAGAGCUGUUAAUUUAACUGUUGCUCGGCAGACUCCAAAUGUUCCGAGGACUGUGCAUUGGCAGACCCGUCCCGAGUUGUGUUUGAGGGGUCGGUCUCGAGGCUGACUCAACAUGAGACACGCCACGUGAUGCAUUUGUCAUCAACUACAGAUCAAGCAUACUGGGGUGUUCCAAAACAUUUCCCAUUCAUUUCAUCACCACCCUUCAAAGUCAAUUAGUUUUACUUGCUUCACAUGAGGCUUUUUUGGUGGUAAUGCAAUUAAUCGUAUACAGAGGGGUAGUGGCUAGUCUGGAAUAUGGCUUUAAAGAUCUGUUUGAAGACACAAGCAUGAUCUAUCUGAUGCAAUUGGUCACACUGCUGCCUUGGCCUAUAGCGCUCUAUAUCAUGCUCUAUAAGGACGAUUAAUGAUGAUGGUGAUUAAUGGUCGUAAAAAUUGCUGACGACUCUGGCUGUUUGUGAUGGUUGAUGGAAGAUCGCUGAUGACGAUGAUGACGACGACGAUGACGAUUGCCGGUGGUGGCAGUGACAAUGGGGAACCGCAGCUGUGGUGCUGACGACGACGGCGGCGAUGAAAGCGACCUCGACAGAAGCGACGAUCAUUGAACGCCGCCGCAAUCCGAACCCGGGGCGCCUCCGUGUGCCAAUGACGAAUACGUUCGCAGCAAGUGAAACGUGAGACACGCAGCAAGGUCUCCGCAGCCAUUAAUCAAAGCCUACGGGCUGGCUUUGACAUCAAAGCCAAACAUGUAUUCGUGCGAUGUUGACACACGCGCUUCACGGCACUCUGCCAGUCGGACCGUGCAACACUCGCUGUGUGAACACCUGGAUUUGCCUUUGGGUGCUCCCCUUCAACCCAGCCACGCACGGGCACCUUCGUGGGAAUCCUGGCGAUAACCCGGUGGGAAUGCAAACUGGAAUCGGCUCCACUUCACGGCAGCUUAAGCUAGAGAGCGGGCGAUGAAGCCUCAUCGAGCGAAGGCGUCCCCCGUCAACAGAGCACGGCGCGUUGCCGAGACGCGGAUAUGACACGGUCCGAAAGUAACAUGUGGUCUUGGUUAUGGAGAGAAAAUGUUUUACAUCUAUACAUGAAAACAAUGAGAGCAAUUCGACAUCCAUUAACAUGACUUUAUACUCAUUUGGCCGCCUUUUGCCCCCCCCGUGUUUCUGUUUUAAGGGACACAAGUGUCGAUGUCAGCCUUUAACCGCACGCGGAGUUUACGGGCCGAUCUGGUUUAUGGCCCGUGUGAGCACGAAGCGCCGAGGCAGCUUCUUGGUUCUUUCGGUAAAGUCACGUAGAAGGGAGAUAAUAAAAUAAUACAAAUAAAACAUAAUAAAAUAAUACAAUUCUCACGACGUUUCGGCCACAACGCAAGAAGCCGUCCUCAGGUGAAGAACAGGUCUGUCGGAAAGACAGCGUCUGAAUCUUUCCGACAGAUCUGUUCUUCACCUGAGGACAGCGUCUGAAUCUUUCCGACAGACCUGUUCUUCACCUGAGGACGGCUGCUUGCGUUGUGACCAAAACGUCGUGAGAAUUGUAUUAUUUUGUUGUAUUUUUAUUAUUUUAUUAUCUCCCUUCUACGUGACUUUACCGAAAGAACCAAGAUGAAUCCCUGCAGUCACGAAAGCUUUAAAUCGAAAUGUAACCGCCGCGGCAGCGUUGACGCAGGGGGUGUCCCAACGUCAGCAUGUUACCUGGCUACAAAGCUAACACAACAAAUGCGUUCAAUUCAUUCAUUGGUGAAGUUUUCUCCGGACAACGAUCAAAUCGCACCUAAAGUCGCAAGCGAUUUCUCUAGAAGUUGUCAAGUAUAGUUUUAAACGCUUCCACAGUUAUUUCAUGCAUGCGCAAAUCUAAUUUACUUUUUGUGCUGGCCGUUAUUGUUAAAAGCAAUCCCUUUCAGAAACGCCACCUCUUUGGAAACAAUCCAAGCAUGAAUGUGUUCGCUACAUUUUAUGAGAAGUUUUUACCUUUUAGCUAAAAGUAUUUAUUUGAAAUAUUUUGGCUCAGGUACAUACCCCAUCGAACAGUUUGAGCGAGGUACAUUAGUAAUCACACGCUUGUACACGCUGCUGGUUACCCAUAAACAGCCAGAAGUGAUUGUUUAUGUAAAUUUUAAAGUUCAAAAAUAGUUUGCACAAAAUUAACAUAUUCACAUAAACAUCCUGCUGUGCUGUUGAUUGCAUUGUGUACACCGGCCAGGAAUCAACUCAGCCCAUCAUCCAUCCAUGGUCAGUACAAUUUGUACAAUUUGUACCACUUGGUGGAAAGUGAACGGUGGCUAUUAUAUGCAGAGACUGGUCCCCUCAAUGGGGAUGUGGAAUUUCUAUCACUGGCUCUGGACCACUGACUCAGCUCCACAAGUAUUUUAGAGGGAGGUACUUACUUUAGUUAAACAAUGUGGUUUGUUUAUGGUGGUGUGAGCUCGUAACAUCAAGCCAACAAAUGCCAAUCGCAAUGAGUCGGUCAUUAUGUGGGCCUUACCUGGUAAAAUAAAAAGUUCAGUUUAAUUUAAUAGCGAAAGACCAACCUUUGCGCGAAUAUUAGACGCAAUCACUGGGGAGCUAACAAUUCUCACUCGUCAAGUGAGCUGCAUGGAACUAGAUGGAGGCAGCCCUCAUUGGAACAAAACACAAACUGAACAAACGAGGGAAGGAAAGAAACACGUUUCGCUCGUAGACACAAGAAAUGUUGACACGAAUAAACGUUGCGGAAUUUGUAAACGUU